GCAUUGUGAAAUCUGCACUCUGCCCCUUUAAGAGGCUUGUCUCUGCAAAACAGAAAAGGGAAACAAGGAAGUACACCGUGAGCGUGCAGAAAUGACAGUGGGUAUGUCUGUGUAUAAAGUCACAGACAAGAGCAGGUGGGGGUGCUAUAUACACAGACUAGAUAAGUAAGCAGGUCAGUAUACUUCUCCCUGGAACGGUCCAACAGUAGCACUGAAUCUUCAGUCAGUCAUAUGUAACCAGUGAUGGGAAGUUUGUGACUCUUUGGCUGUUGUCGAACUGCUAUAGCAAGCAUCAGCCAACAGCUAAGAUCUAUAUAAGAAGACCAGUGAGAGUAAAUCAACAUCUGCAAUACCACAGGGUCUUGAGCUACUACAUCACUGGAAAAUGCAGAGCACCCCUAAUUACUUAUGGGAGUUGGAUGAUUUAUUGGGACAAGGAGCCACCGCCAGUGUGUACAAGGCACGGAAUAAGAAAUCUGGAGAAGAAGUGGCUGUAAAGGUGUUCAAUAACCUCAGCUACUUGCGGCCUCUAGAUGUGCAGAUGAGAGAAUUUGAGAUGCUGAGAAAGCUCAAACAUGUCAAUAUAGUCAAGCUCUUCACUGUGGAGGAGACUGGCAACAGUAAACAGAAGGUUCUUGUUAUGGAGUACUGUUCCAGUGGCAGUUUGCUUUCUGUACUUGAGGAUCCAGAAAACGCCUAUGGCCUAUGUGAAACAGAGUUCCUCAUUGUGUUGCAGUGUGUUGUUGCAGGAAUGAACCAUUUGCGCCAGAACGGUAUUGUGCAUAGAGAUAUCAAACCUGGGAACAUCAUGCGUCUGAUUGGAGAGGAUGGGCGUAGUAUCUACAAACUGACAGACUUCGGUGCUGCUCGAGAGCUUGAUGAUGACGAGAAGUUCAUAUCUAUUUAUGGAACAGAAGAAUACUUGCAUCCAGAUAUCUACGAGAGAGCGGUCCUAAAGAAACCCCAACAGAAGGCUUAUGGGGUCACCGUUGAUUUGUGGAGUAUUGGAGUAACUUUUUACCAUGCAGCCUGUGGCAGCCUCCCAUUCAUCCCAUAUGGAGGUCCUCGCCGGAACAAAGAGAUAAUGCACAAGAUAAUAACAGAAAAACCAUCAACCGCUAUUGCAGGUGUGCAGAGGAAGGAGAAGGGACCAAUUGAAUGGAUUUAUGAACUGCCCAUAAGCUGUCGCCUAUCUGUAGGGUUAAAGAUCCACCUGGAAAAUAUACUUCCCAAUAUUCUUGAAGCUGAUCAAGAAAAGUGCUGGGGUUUUGACAAAUUCUUUGAAGAAUCCAACAAUAUAUUGGAGCGGCUUGUUGUUCAUGUGUUCUCACUGCCUCAUACCACUAUGCACUUGGUCUAUGUACAUGCUUGUAGCAGUGUUGUUAACUUCAUGGAAGCAGUAUUCAGACAAACUGGGGUUGCAAUUGAAAACCAGAAGUAUUUCUAUGAAGGCCACCAUUAUCCCAUGAUGCCCUCACUGCAAGUGAAGCACAUCAAUAGGACUACACAGCAGCACCCAUUCAUGCUUGUGAGCAGCACGAGUGAGAGUAUAGUGGAUGCCAGUUACAAAGACCCUACCAAUGAAUUUCCUAGGUUCCUGCCUUCAGUUGAUGUAGUUGCUGACUGCUCCAUUGCAAAGAAUGUUUUAAGUGCUGUAUAUCAAACGUUACGUGUGUCUCAGACUUUAUUCAUGUGCCAAGAAUUUAUACUCCGAGGAACUUACUGGCUCAUUGAGAAUACAACAACAGAAUGCCACCGGAUCCUUGAAAAGAAAUCAGCCAUGGCUUCUCUGCUUAACUGUACGAUCAGCACAGAUAAUAGGAUCACAAAACUGUAUAAUUCAGUCAACAGUAGGAAUCCAGAUUUUCCAGAGUUCCCAGAUCUAGUGGAGUGCCGCAGGCAGCUUCAGUCUUUUGGCCAUACCUUGUCCAGUUGUUCUCACAUUGUGGAAAAACAGAAAAUGUUGGGAUUUAUGUUGUUGGAAGUAAGCCAAAACCAGGACCAGAUUCAGUUAGAUACAAGCAUUAACCGGAUGGAAUUUUGUCUGCAAAAAAUGCAACUGAUAUUCAGUCAAUUCAAGAAAAGAAAGCAGCAGUCACGGCUUGGUUACAACGAGGAGCAAAUUCACAAACUAGAUAAAGUUAAUCUGGGAAAUCUGGCAAAGAAAGUUCUGUCAAUCUUUCAGGAUGGGGUUGUGCAGAAAUACCAGGCAGCACUAGACAAACACACCACCAGGAUGAGCACCUUUGCUGACAUCCAGAAGCAUGUGGACCUGGUGAAUGAAUACAUUGGUGGAAGUCUCCUGGAUCUACAAAAAUAUCAGGACUCUGUCAGCAAUACUGUAGACAAUCUGGCCCUGAGGAUUCAACAAAUGCCAGUGCAACCAAAUCACAGCCCUCUUUCUUCAUGCCGUAAUCAGGACAAGGAAGACCUGACAUUAAGGAUGCUGAAGCUAAGAGAUCAGAUGAAAACAGUAUCUUGUGAGCUAGAACAAAACAAUAGUGUUAUAGAGAGGUUGGGUGUCACAUCAUCCCCUGGUGUGUGAGAGACCAUUUUAAAGAGCUGCUUCCACAAAUUGCAACCUUAUGUGACUAAUUUAUCCAUUCAUACAUUUGAAUGGGGAGACAGCAGAAAAUGCCAAAAUGCAUAAUUCUUAUUGCGCCUCAAAGCAAAUGGAAAAGGUUCCUCUGUCUGUUAUAUUUUCUGGUGAUGGAAAUGAAAGAAUUCACUAAAGGAGGAGGACAUGAUUACUUUCUUGGAAGUUGGUGUUUAAUCUCAGUAUUCCAUUGAGCAGUCUGAUUAAACAGGCAGGUUUAAUGCUAACCAUUGAAACUUUUUGGAACUUGCAGCUCUCUGGCUUGUCCAAAAGACCAGUUGUUGGUUUAAUAAUUACCUAAUCAGUUUCAGUAAUCUUGAAUACAUUGAAGAAGGUCAGAUAGUAAUAAAUCAGCCUAAAGAUAAUUUAAGAUACUGUCAAAGUUUCUACAAAUAAUCUGAAGGGAAACAGGACUGUUUAAAUGCUAUAGGACAUGAAAGCAAAUCCAGAUUGGACUUUAGGAAAAUGCAUGUUUGUACCUCUGUUUUGGAUAGUUACUAUAAAUAUCAUCUCACUGUACAGUUUGGGCAAAUCCCAAAAAUUCUGCAAAGACAACUUGCUUACCAAUAUGUUGCAAAUUUGUAUCCACUGGAAAUAUUAAGUCAAUAGCACUUUUCUUCCUGAAGUCUCAGAUGAAUACAUAAUACUGUGUUUGAUAUUUUCCAGUCAUUAAAGGAAAUCUGUUUUGGGGUA